UUCCACUAAUGUCUAUAUUGGCACAUCUAGUAGCUUUAUUUAAUUACAAUCAAUCAUAAUGCUAAUCACAUAGCGUAUACUGGGCUAUAAACCAUACUUGGUCACAAAUCUCCUACUUGGUCUCAAAUAGAUUGUGCUGCGCAGCAUAGAAAAUUCAACUAAGAUAUUUAAAAAAAUAUUUAAUGUCUAGUGCACAUUUCAACGUCAUCUUUCAACUUUUCUUCCACAUCGAGAAAUAUUGCAUCUCUUGCAACAACGAGACCAAAAGCUCCAUCAAUUAAUUUCUCCAUCCAUUGAAGAUGACCAGCAGAUUCGAGGAAACAGAACAGAAAUGGACUUGCGAAUACUGCACUUAUGAGAAUUGGCCCUCUUCUUUAAAAUGCACCAUGUGCAGAGGUGCCAAGCCUCUCCUGGGCGAAGAUAUUUAUCGUCUUCGAGAUCCUAGCCCUCAAAGAGGUUCCUCCAACGUCGCUUCUGGUCCAGUAUCCCAGAUAAGCCCUACGGAUAAUUUCACCUCGCAAAAUUAUAGCCAGAAUCUGCCUUCGGCGGGAAAGUGGGCUUGCAGCAUGUGCACUUAUCUUAAUUAUCAAAAUACAACGCGGUGCGUACAAUGUAGCAACCGGAAGCCGGUUAAUCAGUCUGUCAAUUCAUUAGCAUCGAAUCUACAUGAACAUUUAGCACCACUACGAUUGGCCGAUGGACCACCAAACUCGGGAUCGAAUUCCCAAUUGAAUCCCUCGCCGAUUAAUCUCCAUCCGGAAAGAUUGUACAAUAUGCAUCCAGAAAAAUGGUCCUGUCAUGUAUGUACUUACGAGAACUGGCCCAAGGCGACUAAAUGCGUGAUGUGCGGUCAUCUGAAGGAGAAAGAUAGAAGGGAUAAGGGGACACACGGAAAUGUAGGAGUGAUUUUACCGAGUCCCGAGAGAGAACAUAGUCAACGAGGUUUACCAUCGCCCCCACAUGCACCUUAUAUUCAUCAGACACAAAGAGAGGAUAAUUUAGCGAUAGGAAGGAGAGGCCCACAUAGAUAUGCAGAGAGUCGGAAUGAUAGUUUGUCAACUCCUCAAUCUCCGAAUAACUGUGAUUAUGAACGUCGAUUGAAGCAGUUAAGACGCCACACUGAUUGGUGUUGGUUAAACGCUUGUCUUGGUAUUGUAGAGGGUGACAACACUCCUGUUGAAGCUUACCUGGCAAGCGGUGGCGAUCCUGCCCGCCAAUUGACGCAUUCUGAGGUCUUGCUCCUCAAUAGAAGCAGCGCGUUUGACGUUGGACACACUUUGGUGCACUUGGCUAUUAGGUUUCAAAGGGAAGAUAUUUUAGCAACAUUGUUGUCGCAAAUUGAAGGUUCGGGUUCAGGGGUGAAAAGAGUACCAAGUUAUGUCGCACCUGAUCUUGCGGUACAGAUUCGCCGACAUGUCACCAACAGUAUACGCUUACGCAAGGGCUCAUUCCCCUGUUAUUUCGUUACCGAUAUGGCAACCUUCGCAUUGCCAGCCGAGGAUCUUGAAGAGGGCCGCUUGGUCGUUAAACAAUUACGCGCGCUCGAUUGGAUGGCCAUUGACGGCGCUUCAUGCAAACAGAAUUCCUCCGACCCAUCGAGUCCGAAUUCGCCGGGUGAAUCUAAUCAAACAUUUAUGCUAAAUCACGAAACAAUCCGCAUGGAAUCAGCAAAUAAAAGGGCCGCUAGCCCUAUUUCACCGCCUUUAAAGCCCCUGUCUGGUCAUUUGACUCUCCUAUUUACUCGUCCUCAACGGACAAAAAGUUGA